GCUGACGCUAAUGCUAUUGGUAAACUCGGACGGCCGAGAGAAAGCUUCAGAGAGCAAUGAAAAUCAAAGCUUCCAUCUCCCCUGUAAUGCUAUUGACUGACUAAAUAUUGUUCAUCGACAAAAACCCUCUCUCACCCCGCCGCUGCCAUGGAGCUCCGGCUUCUCUUUCUCCUCUUCUGCUCCUCCCUCCUCGUUCUGCCAACCCAUUUGACACCAUCAUCAGCAGCUAAAGACACCGAUACCCAUCUGCUCCAACCCACUGAUCAACGGCGCGACGGCUACAUCUCCGUGCUCUUGACCCAACAGGGGAUCGAUUUCGCCAAGGAUGUCUUGAUAGGCAAAGCAAUUUCUUCUCUGAUCCCAAUUCAGCUGGACGACAUCGAGAAGUCGGUCAAAAUCCCGCUGGUUGGCACCGUCCGCAUCCGUCUAUCUGACAUCGCCAUCAACGAAGCCACCGUGGGUUCUUCACGAGCUCAAGCUGGGCGCCCUGGAAUCCAAUUGGUUGCUUCUGGGAUUACUGCCCAGAUGAGCUUGAAGUGGAAGUAUUCUUACAAGGUUUGGUUUGUCGAGAUUUCUGACCAUGGAGUUGCCUCAGUUCAGGCUGAAGGUAUGCGAGUUGGGGUCAUUGCGGGUGUGAAGGAAGAUGGAGGCACCCUGAAGCUUUCAGUUUUGGCCUGCGGCUGCCAAGUGGAAGAUGUGUCUAUUGAUGUUCAUGGUGGAGCAUCUUGGCUUUAUCAAGCGUUGGUUGAUGCUUUUCAAAACACCAUAAAGUCCAAGGUGGAAAAGGCUGUUGCCAAGAAAAUCACAGAUGGGAUCGCAAAACUCGACACCAAAUUGCAAUCAAUUCCGAAGCUGAUCAACAUUGAUCGUACUGCUGCACUGAAUGUUACUUUUGUCAGCGAUCCCAUCUUCCAGUCAUCUUCAGUUGAUCUGCAAAUUGAUGGUUUGUUUACAUCAUUGGGUAAUGCUUUGGCUCCGGCCUAUCACCGUGUAGGGAGAGGAGCUUCUUUAUAUUACGACGACGAGUCUCGUAUGAUUGGAAUAUCACUACAUGAAGAUGUGUUUAAUUCUGCUGCAACAACAUACUUCAAUGCAGGUUAUAUGGAUUGGAAGAUCAAUAAACUGCCAGAUCAAUCCCUCUUGAAUACUGCAGCAUGGAAGGAUGUGUAUCCCGAGUUAUACAAGCUUUACCCCGAUGAUGACAUGACUCUGGAUGUGAAGUCUGCUUCUCCUCCAGUCAUUACCAUUACAGAGGAUGAUGGUAAUGCUGCCAUCGCCUUGGACGUGACAGUGAAAGUCUUGAAUGCUACUCAAGUUCUACCAGUUGCUUGUGUAUCAGUGGCAAUUAACGCUUCUUGCACUCCACAAAUCUUGGGGAACAACCUUACUGGCGUUCUAGAUAUGAGAAGUUUCAAAUUAUCUCCCAAAUGGAGCAACAUCGGGAACCUACAGACCCCUCUACUCGAGGAGAUGGUCUCCACUGUCCUAGGCAGCAUCUUCAUCCCAUACGUGAACUCCCACCUCGCAAGAGGGUUUCCCUUGCCUGUAAUUCACGGAUUCGCAAUCGCUGAUGGUGAAAUCAAAUGCAUGGAUUCGAGCCUCAUAAUCCGCAGCGACAUUGCCCUGACGUAAUGGCACGCUUAUAGCACAGACAACCAGGUUUCUGGGAAACUACACGAUGCCUUGUACAUAAAAUUGUUCUGUGUAAUAUGAGAACAGCAGUUGAGAUCAAUCAAAUGUGGGGUUUCCUUCUAGGCAUUUCGAGUAAGCAUAUAUAGCAUCAUUUGCAGAGAUGCCAAUGUAGUAACAGCUCCUCCCCGCAAAAUUCAUUUGCUUCUGUACUCUUUCUUUGUAUCCAUCUUCCUUGCAGUUUCAACCAUGGUUUCUGGUUUCUGUAAUCGACUCUGGCUGUCCAACCAUGAAAACCUCCUCAUAUUGUCAGUCAGACUAAUGUAGUACCUACAUCUAUAGGGAAAGUCUAGUUGAUGUUACUAACUUUUGGUCG